CUUCAGUCAGUCAGUCAGUGAGUCUCAGGCAGCUUCAGCUUCAGCUUCGCUUCUGGACUGGAGAUGGGUCAGCAGGGGCAGAGAUGGUCAGUGUGGAUCUUGUUAUUGGGUUGGUCAGUGUGUGUCAGCGGGAUAACUCGAGAAGAACUUUUUCCAUUCGGGAGAAACGAAGGGGACCAGUCUCUGGAUGAAGGCAACGACGAGACUCGAGAGAUCGUGCUGGAGAAGCCGGUCACAUUUUACAACGCGCAGUUCAACAAGAUAUACAUCAACACCAAUGGUUUUGUUGCUCUGGAGAGGCCAGCAGUAGAAUCUGAGUAUCUGGGCAAAAUGCCGGCUGCUUUUGGGAUGAUCGCUGCUCUUCAGGGCGACCUGGACACCAGCGAUGGAGUGGGGAAAGUGUUCUUCCGCCAGGACUCCAGUGCGGCUCUUCUACAGCAGGCGGCCGAUCACAUCAACAGAGCUUUCCCUGAGGAUGACACGGUGAACCCCAUCAGCGCUGUGGUGGUCACAUGGGUGGAUGUGGCGUCCCAUCGGGCUGAGAGCAGAGGAGACGGACUGGAGCCCAGCGGAAGACGAAAUACGUUUCAGCUGGUCAUCGCUUCUCUGGAGACGCAGUCCUAUGCGAUUCUUCUUUACCCGAGAGAAGCGAUGCAGUUCCAGAGCACCAGCAGCUACACGAUGCACGCCGGCUUCAGUAAAGGACAGGACUCAGUGCUUUAUAACAAGCAAGGACCAUACUAUCGCAUCACAGAUGACAACGAGGCGUCUGUCAAGAACUUAGCUGAGCAGACUAACUCAGGAAAGCGUGGUGUGUGGGUGUAUGAAAUCGGAACAUUCCCUUACUUCACGGACAUCGCUCCCGGAGAAGUGACAGACUUAAAGCACAACCAUCAGCACCCGGUGUAUCCUGACGUGGAUGGAGUUUAUGAUCGUCCAGAACACCCUCCACCCAUCCAGGUGCAGACGGUUCAGUACAGACCUGAACGACCAGCGGUCGUGGAAAUUGAAAAUGAAGACAACAUCGAAGUUGACGUAUUUACAUACAACUCUGGUGAUUGUGGUGGACAGAAAUGCUCUAAAUUUGGCGAAUGCAGCAGUUAUCAGAGUGGACGAUGCUGCCAGUGUAAACCCGGAUACUACGGCAAUGGAGUUCAGUGUGUUCCUGAUGGUAUUCCUCAGAGGAUGAAUGGUAAAGUGAGUGGCAGGGUGGUUGUGGGAAACUCAGAGGUGCCCGUGGAUUUUGCCAGUAACGAUCUCCACUCGUAUGUGGUGGUGAAUGACGGCAGAGCGUAUGUGGCCAUCAGCGCCAUUCCAGCGAUUGUCGGCUUCUCUCUGCAGCCGCUGUCAUCCGUCGGAGGAAUCAUCGGCUGGGCGUUUGCACUUCAGCAGCCGGGCUUCAAGAACGGCUUCAGCAUCAUUGGCGGAGUGUUCAGACGUCAGGCCGAUGUGACAUUCCAGCCAGGAGGGGAAAGGUUGACUAUAUCUCAGGAGUUCAAAGGCAUUGAUGAGCACGACCACCUGAUGGUUGACACCAGACUUGAAGGAAAGAUUCCUGAGGUUCCUCAGGGAGCCACAGUUCAGAUCGACCCCUACACAGAGAUCUACCAGUACAGUACCAACUUGAUCACCGCUUCAUCUACACGGGAGUAUGUGAUCAGUAUGCAGGACGGAUCAACCCAAAGCAGAAGCUACAAAUUCAGAGAGACCAUCACGUUUCAGGGCUGCCAGCACGAUGAAGUGGUCAGAGCCUUGCCGUCCACACAGAUGCUCAGUGUUGACCAGGUGUUCGUCAUGUAUGAUAGGGGUCAACAACUCUUGCGUUACGCCAUGAGUAACAAGAUUGGAGACGUCAAUGGUGGACAAACGGAAGAAAACGCUUGCUUCACUGGCAGACACGGCUGCGACACCAACGCCGUCUGCAGACCUGGACAAGGAAACCAGUUCACAUGCGAAUGUGCUGCAGGCUUUACUGGAGACGGACGCGCUUGCAAUGACAUCGAUGAAUGCACGGAAACUCCUCAGAUUUGUGGGCCAAACGCCGUCUGUAAUAACCAGCCGGGAACGUUUCGCUGCGAGUGUCGGGAUGGAUUCCAGUUCGCCAGCGACGGACAGACGUGUGUUGCGGUGCAGCGUCCCGUGGACCCGUGUCGCAUCGGUACUCAUGACUGUGACGUCCCUGAGCGUGCUCGCUGCAGUUACACCGGAGGAUCGUCCUACAUCUGCUCCUGUCUGCCAGGGUUCAUGGGAGAUGGACGCAGCUGUCAGGACAUCGACGAGUGUCAGGUGAAUCAGUGUCAUGAAAGUGCCGUCUGCUUCAACACACCUGGAUCUUUCACCUGUCAAUGUAACCCUGGUUUCCAUGGCGAUGGUUUCCACUGCUCUACAGAAUACGAUAAGACACGCUGCCAGCUGCAUAGGGAGAGUGUUCUGGGCGCUGGGCCCCGGGGCCCCCGUCCUGUGCCCGGUCAGUAUGUGCCAACCUGUGAUGCCCAGGGCGAGUACGACCCCAUGCAGUGUCACGCCAGCGCAAGGCAGUGCUGGUGCGUCGACCGUGAUGGACAGGAGAUCUCUGGGACGCGAACGGGACCCGGACACUUUCCUGACUGUCCUGGUCAUGAUGGCCGUCCCCCGAUUGGACCAACACCCGACCCUAACAUCAGUCCUUUGCCUCCUGGCAGUCACAUCCUCUUCGCCCAGAGCGGAAGGAUUGAGUAUAUUCCUCUGGAAGGUCACAAUCUGAAGAAGAACGAAGCCAAGACUGCACUGCACCUCCCGGAGAAAGUGGUGAUUGGAAUUGCUUUUGACUGCGUGGAGAAGAUGGUGUAUUGGACGGACAUCAGCACACCUGCCAUUAGCAGAGCUAGUCUACGAGGAGGAGAACCCGUCCACAUCAUUACAUCAGAUCUCAGCAGUCCUGAAGGCAUCGCUAUCGACCAUGUGGGCAGAAACGUGUUCUGGACAGACUCCAUGAAGGACAGGAUUGAAGUGGCCUCAUUGGACGGAUCCCAGCGCCUUGUCUUGAUUAACACAGACCUGGUUAACCCCAGAGCCAUCCUAACUGAUCCCACCAAUGGCUACAUCUACUGGGCCGACUGGAACAGGGACGCUCCCAAAAUUGAGAUGGCUUACAUGGAUGGCACAAAUCGGAGAAUCCUGGUCAAGGAUGAUUUGAGCCUCCCCAACGGUUUAACUUACGACCCCCAGACGUCUCUGCUGUGCUGGGCGGAUGCUGGUACACAUAAAGUGGAGUGCAUGAAUCCGCAGCAGGGCAGUCGGAGGCAGCUCAUGGAGGGAAUUCAGUAUCCCUUCGGACUGACUACUGAUGGAAAGAACCUCUACUACACGGACUGGACGAGGCGUGCUGUAGUCGUAGUUGAUCGAUAUGCGAGGCGAGAGGUGGAUGAGUUCCAGCCCCAGAAACAAACGCGUCUGUACGGGAUCACCACGGCACAUGCCCACUGCCCUUCUGGUCAGAACUACUGCUCCAGCAAUAAUGGCGGCUGCACUCACUUUUGUCUGGCGACUCCUGCUGGGCGCUCGUGCAGGUGUCCAGAUAAGGCUGCGGGACUGGGCUGUGUGGAGCGAGAAGGCUGGAACUGAAGAUUCAGAGAUGUGAGCUGACCUCCGGCGAUGAAUGAUAUGGCAGUUCCAUCUGAAUGCUUCCGUUACACCGUGUUUUGUCUGAAGGAUGCAAUAAAGCCACACUCAGUGUUAAAGAUUUUUAAAUGCAUCUGUGCCUUAAAUAAGAUCAUGGUGCUAGAGCAGCUAUUGCUAAUGAGGUCAUUGUGAAUUUAGUUUCGUGACUUUUCAAACAAUUUUCAGCAAAACUAACAGUGUUACCCUGAUACUUGAGAGUAUCUCUUUUAAAAGAUAAAGAAAUGAUACGAUUGUGAAAUAGCCUGACAUUAAUCAAUGUUUACAUCACAUCUUUUCAAUAAAAUCAUAUUUUGUUUAUU